CCUGAGUCUGCUGUACUUCAGAAUUUUCUUCAAGUACCAUAUUUCAAGGACAUUCUACAGUGUGCCAGAGAGUUCUCAUCAGCUCAUCAGUCUUUAGCGACACUUAUGGUCAAUAUGGGCGUUCUUACGAAGAAGAAAUUUUACCUCAGCUUCAUUCAUGAAGUGGUUAGUGUUCACCUGAAAAGAGAUCCUCAGACAGUUUCUAAAAUUGUAUGUUCUGCAGAGGAGCUAGAUGGUCUUGUUUCAUUGUUGUUCUCUGAACUGAAUCCUCGCUUACUCGAGCUUGGACUUCGUCUUACAUCCGUAGCCGAUGAAGAAACAGGUCGGGAAAUGGUAGUGUUGGUGAGUGAGGAUGUGCUUCCGAGGGACAUCAGCAGCAUAAGCGGAUUCUCAGCAGACGAGCUCCUGUUGUUUUCACGGUAUAUUCCACAGUUUGUUGAUGGUGGUGGUCAGUGUGAGAGCUCUUGGGCACUCAAUGAGGCAACCAAACUUCCGAACCCAAUAACGCUUGUGAAAGCCCAAAAUUUCUUGGACAAACUCGUCAGCGUUGGCUGGAUUUCCGAGAAAGGCGACACCCUCUGGCUGCAGCCGCGUGCAAUAGCAGAACUAGAGCCCGUCCUCACAACGAGAUACGGCUGUAGUAUAUGCAUUUUAUGCCAGAAAAAAGGCGACACCCUCUGGCUGCAGCCGCGUGCAAUAGCAGAACUAGAGCCCGUCCUCACAACGAGAUACGGCUGUAGUAUAUGCAUUUUGUGCCAGAAAGUAGUCGUUCGAUACGCAGCUAGUUCCGAAGCUGACGACAUAUCGUGUCCUAGAAGAGGAUCUGGAGGGUGUGAUCAAAUGUUUUCAAAGAGUGAUGUAACGACAGGAUUCAAUUGA